AUGAUGAAGCUUAUUAAGGGAAUAUCUAGCGGCGACACAACGCGUAGCCGCAAUUCAGCCUCCUGCUCCAUAGAGCGUACUAUCUCUGAGAAAGGACAACAGCCGCAGCAAACUGCCAAGACUACAAUACAAUAUGUGAAUGAACGAAGGCCACGCCCACACGCCCAAGGUAGCGGCAGCGGUGCAGGCGAUGAGCGUUUCGAGUUCAAAACGCGCCCACGCAAAUUGCUUAAAGAGCGCAAUCAGCUGGAGCCGACGCACAGCAGUGAGCAUAGCUUAAAUAGCAUAACGCUCGUUAGCAGCGAGUGGCUAUCACCAGAUCCUCAGCCCACAAACCUAAACAACAACAACAACAAUAAUAAUAAUAAUAACGAUUGCACAAAAUCUAAAAACCAACACAUUAACAAUAUAAACACGCCGAUGCCAAACGCGAGCGUUCACAGCGAUAAGUUUGAUGAUCGUCCGAUUAAACAUCAUUCCUUUGUUUCCGAAGUGCCCGAUGUGAAGCAUAUGGAGCGUGCGCUAUUAGGUCUACUAGAUGAUUUCCACUCGGGCAAACUGAAAGCAUUCGGCUCCGGUUGCACUAUGGACCAGAUGACCAAGAUACGCGAACAACAAGAGAGCUUAGCCAAACUGCAUUUCGAGCUGGCUGCCGCCGAGGAGGAUUCACUGGAGCAUGGCAAUGAGUUCAACACUAGCCGUGCGCAGGAGAAUAUGCUGCAGCUGAUGCAGCGCCUGGAGCAGCUAUCCAUUUCCAUUGAGCAGCUGCAGACGAGCCAUACGGGUCUCUGAGAUUUGGCCUGCCAGCAGAUGAUCACGCUCAGCGAUCGUCUGCUGCUGCUUUGAUGAUGCUCCAGCAGCGCUAAACACAUAAAUUUGACACGACUAACGUUUACUUAGGACUUGUGUACAUAUUUAAGUUAUAAUGUUUAAGUAGUAGGUUUUUAUAUGCUUCAGAACAAUAUUUUAAAUGCACAUACAUAAGUUGGCUUAAUGUAUGUGGCUACUCUAGUUAAAUAGUUUGAACUUUGAGCGGUGCCAACUUCUUAGCUUGAGCACAGCGCAGUUUGAUUUUAAAUACUUGAAUUCAAUUAAUCAAUUGUUUGUUAUAUGCGUAUAAUAGUUAUUUGCAA